ACCGGCCUGGCCCAGCUUGAACUUAGUAGCCAACGACUUCAUUCACAUUCAAUUAAUAUGGGAAAUGUUCAGUCUCAGGAAGGUGACUCCGCUUUGUCACGUAACGCCCAGGGUGUAAACAAAUCCGUUACGAAAGAAAAACCUGACUCGCUUCCUCAUAGAACCCAAAGCAUGAUUAGUAUUGCUCCGGAUGAUCUUAACCAGGAUGUUGACCUUAUGGAUGACAAUUCUAGUAUCACGGGUGCUACCGAUGGUUCUCAAAAUGCCGCAGGUGCUUCUGGGAGAUAUAAACGUCGCUCUCAUUCUUCUACCAAAAGAGAACCAUAUACAGGUCCUUAUGUCCCUACAGUCCUUCGAUGGAGAGGCGGAGGUGAAAUCGUUUACGUUACAGGUUCUUUUUCAAAAUGGAAAAAGAAAAUUCAGCUGCUUAAAGGCGAAGAUUAUACACUCGUCUUGCAGUUACGCCCUGGAACUCAAAGGUUUAAAUUUCUUGUCGAUGGUAUUUGGUGCUGCUCUUCUGAUUUUCCAACUGCUACAGAUGCUGAUGGAAACCUGUACAAUUAUCUUGAGGUUGAAGCCAACGAAGGUGUCGAUACUACCCUUGAUCAGAGACUCAGUCAAGUUCACACCAAUUUCCCUCCUAGUGAAGAGCCGGAAUCCGAGAAAUAUGUUUCUGAAAUCCCGUCUUUUCUCUCCAGUAGCUCUUUAGCCGAAACUAAACUCCCUAAACCUCCUUCUUUGCCUCCUCAUCUUGAGAAAUGUAUCUUAAACUCUAACACCACUUACAAAGAAGAUCAAUCUGUUCUUCCAAAUCCAAACCAUGUCGUUUUGAAUCACUUGGCUGCUGCUAAUACCCAACUGGGUGUUUUGGCUUUGAGUGCAACUACUCGCUAUCAUCGAAAGUAUGUUACUACCGCCAUGUUUAAGAAUUUUGAUGUGUAAUGACUUUAUUGCGUUCUUCUUUCCGUACUUAUUAUUUUCUUCUUUAAGUAACUAUCAUAUAUUAAUUUCGUAAUUAUAAAAAAAUAUUAAAAAGAGAAUACUUAGAAGGGCUCAUUAUUAUUCCUGA